CUAGACUCCAAGCUGAGCCAUGCUUCUCUAUUUCCUAUGUUUUUUGGCCCUGCUCGCCCUGCUCCCAGUCCUUCUGGUCUUUCUGCUUCGGCUUCGAGCACAGUACCUUGCAGCGCAGUCGCCCAUUGGCAAGGAACUGGCAGGAAGAGAAACAGUGGCCUUCUUCCAUCCUUAUGCUCAUGCGGGGGGAGGAGGUGAACGAGUGCUUUGGUGUUCAAUCCGCUCGGUGCAGCAGAGGUAUCCAGAAGUGAUUUGUGUUGUGUACACAGGGGAUAUGGACGUGACACCUUCCGAGCUCUUACUGCAGGCGAAGAAGCGCUUUGGAGUGGACAUUGACAGCAAAGGUGUCCGCUUCGUCUUCCUCAGCUGCAGACGAUGGGUGGAUGCUUCAUCGUGGCCGCGCUUCACUCUGAUUGGUCAAAGCCUUGGAUCUUUGGUGCUUGGAUGGGAAGCUCUUUGCCAAUUUCGGCCGGAGAUCUUCGUUGACUCCAUGGGCUAUGCUUUCACCUUGCCAUUGUUCAGUUUGCUGGGUGGCUGCCGAAUUGGAUGCUACGUGCAUUAUCCGACGAUCUCCACAGACAUGUUGGAACAGGUCCGAGAUCGCAGAAGUGGGCUUUGCAACGAUGCCAAAGUAGCUGGUUCAUGGCUUCUAUCUUCUGCAAAGCUGCUAUACUACAGACUUUUUGCCAUGCUUUACGGGCUGGCUGGGAGCUUUGCAGAGGUGGUUCUGGUGAACUCCUCCUGGACACGGAAUCACAUCGUCGCCCUGUGGAAAAUGCCGGAACGAACAGUCACAACCUACCCACCUUGUGACACCGCUGCGUUGGCAGAGCUACCUUUGGAGCGCGCCCAGAAGGACUUCCCUGGCAAGCUGGUUCUCUCGCUGGCGCAGUUUAGACCUGAGAAGAACCACGCUUUGCAGCUUCGGUCAUUCUCGAGAUAUCUGCAGAUGCAGGCCGCAGCUGGUGAAAAUGACCGAGCACGACUGAUUCUGGCCGGAGGAUGCAGAGAUGCUGGUGACCGCGCAAGGGUGGAAGCAUUGCAGCAGCUGUGCAAGGAGCUGGGCUUGCGGGAGCAAGGCGGCAGCGACUGGGAUGUGAGUUUCCGAACGAAUGUGCCAUUCGAGGAGAUGCAAAAUCUGCUGGCACAAGCUGAUGUAGGUUUGCACACCAUGCGUGACGAACACUUCGGCAUCAGCGUGGUGGAGUUCAUGGCUGCCGGGGCCGUGGUCAUUGCGCACAACUCUGCUGGCCCGGCGAUGGACAUUGUGACACCUCUACCAGACGGCAGAAGGACAGGAUUGCUGGCCAACGAUGAUGAAGACUAUGCCAAGAAGUUAAUGGAGGCAUUGAACGAGAUGGGCCCCAAGCAGCGCCUAGAUACUGCGGAAGCUGCACGGGAAGCUGUUCGUCAUCGUUUCUCACAAGAAGCCUUCGAAGAAUUGGUGGCGGAACGCCUCGUAAUGCCAUUGCGAACAAAGCAAAAGCGGGUGUGACACAAAA